CGCAAGUUUUACUUGAAAAAGAAAGUAGUACAUUAAAAACUUGGCAUUCACCAUCAUUCUUUAUUAUUUUUGAAAUUUCAAAGUUGUGUUAAUUUAAUAUUAAAACUUAAGCAUUUAAAAAGUAUGAAUAAGUUAUUUAGUCAUUUCAAAACAUUCUACAACCUUAAAUCACUUAAAAAUUUUAAAUUCAAAUCUACGAUGCAAGCUGUUUUAGUAAAAGACUCGAAAAUGUUUAUAGAAAAUGUGGAAAAAGUUAAACUAAAAUUACCACAAGAUAUAUUAGUUAAAGUUGAAGCCACUUCAAUAAAUCGUGCAGAUAUUCUCCAAAGGAAAGGUUUAUAUCCUCCUCCUAAUGGCGAAUCAAGGAUAUUGGGUUUAGAAGCAUCCGGAGUAGUUGUUGAAACUGGAGAUGGGUGCCAGAAAUUCAGGGUCGGAGAUCGUGUGGCAGGUAUUCUUUCAGGUGGAGGAUAUGCAGAAUAUGUUUGCUCUGAUGAAAGAAACUUUUUUAAAGUACCAAAUACAAUGAACUUAAUUUCUGCUGCUGCAGUUCCUGAAGUUUGGAUCACUGCAUAUCAACUCAUUCAUACAAUAUCCAACUGUCAAGCUUGCGAUACUAUUCUCGUUCAUGCAGCAGGUAGUGGAGUUGGCACAGCUGCAGUUCAGUUAGCUAAACAUGCUAAACUAACAGUUUAUGCAACUGCAGGCUCAGAAAAUAAGCUUGAAAAAAUUAAGCAACUUGGUGGUGAUGUCAUGAUAAAUUACAAAGACCAGAAGUUUGAUGAAAUAAUCUUGGAAAGAACACAAGGAAAUGGUGUUAAUGUUAUCUUGGACUGUGUAGGUGGUUCAUAUAUAACUCAAAAUUUAAACAGUCUUGCUAUGGAUGGAAAGUGGAUAUUAUAUGGAUUUUUAGGUGGUCAUAAUGUUGAAAGUAAAUUUUUAUUAAAACUAUUUGCAAAACGUGCGCAGUUGACUGCAACCACAUUAAGAACACGAUCAAUUGAGUACAAGGGCGAACUGAUUAAAUCACUGGAGAAUGAUGUAUUCCCGUACUUUGGAACUGGAAAGUUAAAUCCAAUUAUUGACAAAGUACUUGACUGGACAAACGUGAAUGAAGCGCAUGCGUACAUGGAAUCGAACCAGAGUUUUGGGAAAAUUAUACUUAAAAUAAGCUAAUUUGUUUUUAUAGUGAAAAAUUUUCGUUUCCAGUUUGUGGAAGAAAAUAAGAAGACGAUACGAAGUUGUGAUUGUAAAAUCAAAUAUGAUAAAUAAAAUGUUUUCAAAAAAUUAUAAAUUUAUAUUAA